AAAAUGGCCGUAAUUUCUGAACGGUAAUACAUUUUGAAGUCAAUGUUUUGUGUUUAUGUUGACCACAUGUUAGGGUUUUUUUGACAAUUGUUUCGGAGACUUCACAAUGGCGUCAUCCUAUUGUUAUUACACAACUGAAGAAAAAGUGUUUAUUGUAAAACAAUAUUAUUUAAAUCAAGAGUCACCGACUGAAGUCAUCCGUAAAUUUAAGUCCGAGUUUGGCCGCAAUUCGACACUUUCCCCGAGUAGUGUCUUACGUAUAAUACAAAAGUUCAAUGCCUCCGGAUCAGUAUUGGAUGAUCCACUUCAUCAAAAAGGCCGUAAACCUGUCGUUACAGAUCCAGAAACCGUUGAAGAAGUCCGGCAAUUAUUUGAUGAAUUUCCACAGACAUCCACACGAAGAGCGGCUCAAAUUCUUUCUGAUAGACGACAGAUCAGUCAUACAACCAUUCAUCACAUUCUAAAGUCCAUAGACAUGUUUCCCUACAAAAUACAAAUUACUCAAAAAUUGGGAAAAUAUGACAUUGAAAGACGAUUUGAUUUCGCUAAUGAUGUCAUCCAAAAGAUUGAUACCGGUGCUAUUGACAUCAACAAAAUUUGGUUUAGCGAUGAAGCCCACUUUUGGUUGGAGGGUUACGUAAAUAAGCAAAAUUGUCGACAAUGGGGUACUCAAAAACCCGAAUUUUCUGUCGCUGUUCCCCUCCAUUCAAAACGAGUUACGGUUUGGUGUGCAAUGUCUGCAAAUGCGAUCAUAGGUCCAAUUUUUUUGGAAGAAAGUGUGACGGGAAUUGUUUAUUUGGAUAAAUGUAUCGAACCAUUUAUUGAAAUUGUCGACGGAAUGGGAAAAAUCGACAAUUAUUGGUUCCAACAGGAUGGUGCACGUGCACACCGAACUAUGGAUGUUUUGGAUAGGAUUCAAAAGUGCUUUGAAGAUAGAGUGAUUGGUUUGGACUUUCCCGAAAAGACUGGUUCCGGAAUAGAUUGGCCACCCUAUUCACCCGAUUUGACUCCUCUCGAUUUCUUUUUAUGGGGUUAUUGUAAAGAUAGGGUGUAUACUAAUAACCCUAAAAACUUAAUUGAGUUGAAAGAUUCAAUAACUCAUGUGAUUUCAACAAUAAGUCAAGAUAUGCUGAAACGGGUUUCGGAUGGUUUUGAGAAAAGGCUCCGUCACCUCAUUGCAAAUGGUGGCGGAACGUUCGAAAAUUUAAUUUCAUAA